UCUAUCUUAGUCCGUUCUUUAGAAAUUAUGAGUUGUUAUUCAACCCAAAACAAAUUGACAUUACUCGAGUUAAUAUGAUCCAAAAAUGACCCGACCUAAUUAAUUCCAACCUGAAGUCAAAUAAUGAUUCAAGUUGACACACAAUCUACAAAGUUUGUAAUUAUUUACGGAUAAUAGUAUCACAACCUACAACGGGCCACGGCUAUCUUCCUAAAUCUACUCCGUAUUAAAGCAUUCCUAAACUAAGAAACUUCCUAUUACUCAAUAUAAAUACUUUAUAUUUUUUUUCCAUUUGUUUUUAAGAAACACAAUAUAUAUACUUUACAUAAUUACAACAACAUUCCUAACAUCAAAUAACAACAUAAAACAAAAAUCCCUCCUCCAAAAAACCUUUGUUCUCUCUUCAUUUUUUUUUCUCUCUCAAAAAACCAUAAUAAACACAAAACAUGUACAUGAACGUUAACUUCGGCGACCAUUCAAUCGCAACAACAGUAACAUCCUCAGCAGCAUCCGUCGAAACAUGGAUCAAUCGUGUCAAAAACAUCCAUCGUCGUCGUCUCUACAAACUCGUAGUUGGCCUCGACAUCGAGUGGCGCCCUAACACGUCUAGGUACUUUCGUAACCCCGUGGCUGUACUCCAACUAUGCGUAGGCCAUCACUGCCUUGUGUUUCAACUUCAGUACGCUACUAUGAUUCCUCGAGCCCUCGUCGAUUUCCUUACUAAUGAAGAUUACACGUUUGUUGGUGUUGGUAUUGAUGAAGAUGUACAAAAACUUAAUCAAGAUUAUGGGUUAUACGUUGGUUACACUGUUGAUCUUCGUACUUUGGUUUCUACCAGGUGGAAUGAGCCCGGUUUUCGCAACGCAGGGUUGGUGUCGUUGGCAUAUAAUGUUCUAGACUUGGUGUAUGUAAAGCAACGAAACAUUACUUUGAGUGAUUGGAGUCAGCCAAAUUUGAGUAUUGCACAGGUGCAAUAUUCUGCUAUCGAUGCCUUCCUUUCUUUCGAGAUUGGCAAACAACUCGACGCUGCACACUUUUAG